GAUUUGCCAUUGAGGUAAAGGACUGAUCAACGGCACAACAUGGAUAGUAGCACAUAUAUAAUUUUCUUUAUUUUGCCCUUCUCCUUUGCGGAAAAUUGGACAACUUCCCCACCUCCCACAACGUCUUUAGGUACACCAACUACAAUAGCACCAAAAGAGACGUGCGAAUGCCUUAACAUAACGGGACUACAACAGGACUUAGAUAAGAUUAUUACAGUCUUAGGUCAAACUGUAAAACUUGAUCUGUAUCGUUCAGAAAUUAAUGGCAUUUUAUCAGAGCUUGCAGAAAUUAAAGACGCGGUACAAGAUAAAACCUGUCAAUGUACAGAGGGAAGUAUACUAAUUCAAUUGGAGGAAAAGGCAAACGAGAUGAUUGACGAAGCUCUUACGCUGGCGAACACAAGUGCAAUAUGUGCCUGUCAAAAUAGUAAACAAAUGUCUAAUGACACACAGAUUAUAGUAGCAAGAAUAGAUAAACUAGGAACACUGACGAGUUUAAUUCAUAAAAGUGUAAUCGACUGCGAGGAAGAAUUACAAAGAUUUGAAUCCAAGUUAGAUAUCAUUAUAGACAAUACUUCUGACAAUACUAGCUUUGAUCAUAGACUUAACGAAAUUCUUGAUAAAGUGUGUGCAAUACAAAAAGAUGGUUGCAAAUGUGAAGAUCAGUUCAAAGUUAUUUAUGACCUGGUUUCUGAAAGAAUGAAAACCGUUCUAGACAAACUUGAUAAAAUUAACAAUGUAAAUGAUUCUAAAAUAGAAGCAGUACUGAAGUUUCUUGAGAAGAUCGAUGGAAAAAUAGAUAAGAUUAUGGAAAAAAGUAACACUGUAAUAAAACAAGAAUGUAAUUGUCUUACAUUUAAUGAGUAUAUAAUAAACCUUCCCAAGUGCUGUGACGACCCAAAAGAAAAAGAAUUAGAGCAUGAGAUGAAAAAGGAAAAAGAAGUAAAACCAUGGGAAAUAUCUGAGAUGUGUAAGGAAGAGUUGCUUUGUGACUACGAAUCGUGUAUAAAAGAUGCUAUACACGAUCUGGACGACUGGUUUAAGCCGGGUACCUGGAACAGGAUGCCUCAAGGAAUCAAGAAAGUUAUGAUUAUUCUGUACUGUAAAGCUGGUCUUAAAAAUUUGAAAAGCUUCAAGGCUGGUAAACUACUGCUUGAGGCCGGAAAAUGGAAAGAAGCUGCUGGAAGCUUAGGUAGGACAAGAUGGGCCAGGCUAGAUCCCGUGUCAGCUAAAGAUCUUAUAAAGAGGUUACUCGAAGUAAAUGAAAAGAUGGCGGACCAAUGAAAUGUUUAUCAAUCAAUGAUGAUAAGAUGAAUAGAGUGAUAUGUACCUUAUAACUUGUAUAAAUUACCACCAAAAUAAAGACUAAAAGAUA